UCCAGUAAACGUCAAAGUUAGAACUUCAUAAUAUUUUUUUGUUGUUGUUUUCGUUAGGUACCUAGGUAUAUACUGAUUAGAUCUUGUUUUUAAAGGAAUUAACGGAUUUAAGAAGUGCAUAUUUUAUAUUAAUCCAUAAUUAUAUUAGAGCCGUGUCCUGGUGGUUGUCUUCUAUUCUUCCUUACGUUAUGUUUAGUUGUUAUUUGUAGUCCGUGCCCAAUUGCAGUUCUCUGCGAAAAGAAACUACUAUGAUAACGGCCUCGGAACUGUGGUCACACACCAAGGCGCUUGGCCACGGCGGGCGGCUACUGCCCUUCUACAAGGCGGUGUGCGUGUACUUCGUCGCGGGCGGCGGCGCGCCCUCGUUGUAUGUCGCCGCGCUGAAGUGCGCGCCGGUGCUGUACCUGCUGCUGUGCGUGCUGCUCAGCGCGCCCGCACAUCAGGCGCGCUACGCGCGGCGCGUGGGCGCGGGGCUGGCGCUGUCGGCGGCGGGCGACGCGCUGCUGGUGUGGCCGCAGCGGCUGGUGGGCGGCAUGGCGGCGUUCGCGGGCGCGCACGCGUGCUACGCGGCGGCCUUCGGGCUGCGGCCGCGCGCGCCGCGCCUGGGCGCCGCGCUGCUGCUGGGCGCGCUGGGCUACGCGCGCGCGCUGGCGGCGCCGGGCGCGCUGGGCGCGCUGGUGCCCGCCUACGCGCUGCUGCUGGGCGCCAUGGCGUGGCGCGGCGCGGCGCGGGGCGGGGCGGCGCGCGCGGGCGCGCUGCUGUUCGCGCUGUCCGACGCCGCGCUGGGCUACAGCCUGUUCCGCGCGCCGCUGCCGCCCGCGCUGGUCAUGGCGCCCUACUACCUGGCCCAGCUGGCCAUCGCGCUCAGCGCCUUGCGCUAGGGGCACUCGGUGGCCGCGGGCCCGGUCGCUGCGGAGGCUGAUUUUACGAGGGACGUCGACAUUUAUUUGUAGCUUAAGUUGCGACCGAAAUUAUACAUUCAGUAGAUCAAUUAUUGCGGCUCAGUUUGAAAUUUGGAAUAUUUGCGCACUCCUAGCCGGUGGAAUGCACUACCGAGCGAAGCCUGCGGUCUUCCCGGGUUAGCACUGCACCGCGCCCGCGUCUUCCUUAAUUUUUGUACGAAUUAUUAUAGAUACUGAGAUUUUCAUCUGAUUCUGGAGCCCCGGGACUUGCAAAAGUCAAUAACGACCCACUUCAAAACAUUCCAGAAUACAAAUGAAACGUUCAGUUUUAUUUAGUUAAGAUCGUUCGCUUAAGAUCCUAAAUAUAACACAGCAUUAUUUCAAGCAACUGUAACUGCUUGUUUCAACUUUUAUGUUGACUCUGCAUCUCUGUUAUACCUGCCUUAAUUUUAAUGUGGUGCCAAAGGCAUUUAAUUAUUAUUAGAAAGAGAACUUACAACGGUAAAACAUAUCUAGAUAUGCUCAGCUGCCCUGAGCUAUGAUUAUAUUUCGUAGAAGUACUGUGCGUAUUGUUUGUGAUAGCAUGCCCGCAGCCGCCGCGACGUGAGACAGCUCACUCGCAGAAUGAGUUGGACGUGACCACUAGUAACGAACAUCUAGUUUCGCUCCUAGAGUUAGAAUUGCCUAGCUGCAUCUCCAGCUGCAUGAGUCGGUGAAUACCACCGGCCCGGGAUGCCACCCGGAUGACAUCCGGAAAACGGCAGUCUGUGGCUAAACUUUUGGUAGUAUUUGGGGUUGACUUAGCUGUUAAGUCGUCGGAAAGUCAACCCGAGUGCUCUCCGAGGUAUAACCAUAUCUCGGAGCGGCGGUCUAAACUCAGCCAAUUGCCGAUUUGAGCCAAAGAAAGCUACUGUUUUGCAUUCACGCAUUCAGAGGUAGAGUCCGAUGUAGUCUGUUCGGGCAAUCUGGAGUUAGUAAUCCGCCGGCGGCCAGGCGCUGCGCACAGAGGGGCUUCGUACGGCUCGCAGUCUCACAUUGGAUAGGACGAGGUGUGAUAGUAAAGUAGAUCGUUUUUAAAUUAGGUCGUAUAGAAAUUUUAGAUACCCGUAUUAAUUACUAUUUUUGUGUAAUAUUUUAUUCGAUGUUAUAUUCAAAUAUACUUUUUAGUAUUAAUUAAAAAAGUACCCGUUAAAAUGUGGUUUU